GUCCAUCUUGUCAUUAUUGAAAUAAAUAAAAAUAAAUAAGAUUUUAAUAAUGUUAUAACUAUUCCUAUUAUUAUGUUAAUAACUUCACUAAUUCCAUUACUCAUAAAAUUCAAUUCCAAAUUUUUAAAAAGUGAUAAAAAUGGAAUUGAAAAAUGCCACCCCCCUAAAUAAAGAAUUGUUACAAAUAAUGAAGAAACUAGCAAAUUUAAAUAAGAAGCUAAAUAAAAAAAAAAACAAAUUUCAUGCCUGAAUAUUCAGUUUGAUAACCCGCAACUAACUCUUCUUCAGCUUCUGGUCAAUCAAAAGGAAGUCUUUCACAUUCUGCUAAAGAAGUAAUAAAAAAAACAAUAAAACCAAUAGGUUGACGCCAUAAAUUCCAACUUAAAAAGCCAUAUUUAGAUUGAGCUUCAACUAUAUCAACUGUUCUUAAACUAUUCGAUAAUUAUAGUCGAUAUGAACAUUACUAUUUAUAUCUCUAUUGCAAAACCGUACAUGAAAUUUUCAUUUCAUAUGGCUCCUCAGUGGUUAUUUAAAUAUAAAAAAUAUAUAGUUUUUUACCAACGAGAUUCUGUUUGCUAUAAAAUAAAAGCUUAUGAAUCUAUCUUAAUUUUUACAAUUUUGGCUAGCGCUAACUUUACAUUAAAAAAAUUGUAA